AUGCGCAAGAUAGUAUGGGAACCUAGGAAUAGGACUUUGGAGCAAGGGAGAUCGGAGGAGGGAUUGGUGGAAGCAGUGGUGAAAGAAGGAGGGUUGUUGGGAGAAGAAGGAGGGUUGUUGGGAGAAGAAGGAGGGUUGAAGGGAGAAGAAGGGUUGAAGCAGCAGUUUUCAAAUGGUGGUGAGGAGGAGUUGAGGCGGUUUAUGGUUCAAGAGGUAGACAUCUUGAAAGAUGCAGGGGCGGAGUUUCUUGUCCUGGUGUCUGGUUUCGCUAAAGGCGUUGGGGAGCAGAGUUCGAAUGCGGCUGGUGUUGUGUGGCGGGCACUGCAGUAUGCGACUGGAGGGAUAGUGGAGGAUUUGACAAGAGAGCUGGACACAUGGUCUUUGGAUAGGGAUGAGCCUUCUCGCUCCGUUCUGAAUGGACUGGAGUGGGAUGAGCCGGCAGUGAUCUCAUUUUUUGGGCCGAGAGGCGAGGUUUGGAGGGUUGUGCCUGUCCUUUGUCCUGUAGCAGGGGAGGCGGUACCUACCGCGGCACUCGAAAGGGCGAUAAGGGAGGAGGACGUGAGGGGAGGAAGGGUGGUGGUGAUGCGAUAUGGGCGGUAUCAGGGGGGAGAGGUUGAGUGCGUUAGGAAGGUGUUGGGUAGGGUUGGUGCUUGUGGGACGUUUGUGGAGCCCAUACCAGUGGAGGCCCCGGGAAAUGACGUGGGGUUAUCAAUGCAGCAGGUGGUGAUGGUGGUCGGUGGGAUGAGGAGGGUGCUGCUGCUCGGCAAUCUCAAUGUUCCGGUUCUCAUUCUCUCUCCCAUUCUCCCACCCAUCCUACUGCGCAUCCCCUUCCAUUCUGCUAACACCCCUCCCUUGCUCUCCGUCCCAUUCUCCCUCCCAUACUCCGUCCAAUUCUCCCCCUCCCAUAGUGGUGCUGCUGGGCAAUCUGAACGUGCAGCUGCCCAACGCGUGGCUGUGGGACAUGGUGGACGAGUUCAUCUACCAGUUCCAGUGGUGCUGCUGGGCAAUCUGAACGUGCAGCUGCCCAACGCGUGGCUGUGGGACAUGGUGGACGAGUUCAUCUACCAGUUCCAGUCCUUCUGCCCACCGUCUAACCCUCCCUCCCAUACAAACCCUCCUGACCGUUUAAACCCUGUCCCCCUGCGCGCGCAGGUGGUGCUGCUGGGCAAUCUGAACGUGCAGCUGCCCAACGCGUGGCUGUGGGACAUGGUGGACGAGUUCAUCUACCAGUUCCAGUCCUUCUGCCACUUCCGGGCGCGCGUCAAGAGCCGCACCGAUGAGGAGAACGCGGCGCUCAAGCAGUGCGGCAAUGCAUGGUGGGUGGGACAUGGUGCACGAGACAAGUUCAUCUACCAGUUCCAGUCCUUCUGUCACUUCAGGGCGCGCGUCAAGAGCCGCAUUGACGAGGAGAAUGCAGCAUGA